AUGAUAUUCCUCUUCUAUGGUGUUGUAGGAGCAGCAUGGCCUGGACUUACUGUGUCAUACACCAUUGAGAUCGUACCAUAUCAUAUUCGCGCCAAAGGCCUCACCCUAUGCUUUUUCUUCACUGCUAUAAAUGGGGUUUUCAAUCAGUGGGUAAAUCCUCUUGGUCUUGAAAAUCUACAGUGGAGAUUUUACUCUAUUUAUAUCGUUUCUUUGCUUUUUCUCACCUUGACACUGACAAUCUCCUUCCCUAGUCUCGUCUUGGAGUGUUUAAUCAUAUUCUUCUUCUUUCCUGAAACCAAAGGACCGACUCUAGAAGAAAUUGCAGUAAUAUUUGAUGGUGAGCAAUCCGCGGCUGGCAUCGCGCAGGCCAGGGCAUUGGAAAAGAGUUGUCACACAUCGGGAUGUCAAGCAGGAUGCACGAUCUACUAG